AUGUUUAAUAAAGAAAGAUUGUUGAAUUUUGCUAAAUUUUCAGAUGCAAAGUGCGGCUCCUCCGGGCCAAGAAACAUCCUACACCGAUCUGUGAGGGUCAUCGGAGGAUCCGAGGCCAGACAGGGGUCCCACCCAUGGCUGGUGUCUCUUAGGAUCCGAGGAUCACAUUUCUGCUCCGCAGCCAUCUUGACAGACCACUGGCUUUUAACCGCUGCUCACUGUUUUGUGAGCGUAUCAGCGGAUUUCCUGCAUACGGUCGAGGCUGUGGCAGGUGAUUUUAAUAACCGAAAAGUUGAAAGGGGAGAGCAGAGCUUCCGUGUAAAGGCCGUGAAGUUCCAUGAAAUGUAUCAACACUCCUCGCCAAUGAGCUAUGACAUCGCUCUUCUGGAGCUUAAUGGACGCAUUCAGUUUGGAGAUUUUAUUAAGCCUGUUUGUCUCCCUAAUCCUGCUGAGAGGUUUCCCCCUAAGACCACGUGUGUUGUUGGAGGUUGGGGUCGAAUUAAAGAGAGAGGGCUGUUGCCUUCAGUUCUUCAAGAGGUGCAUUUGGACCUGGUCAAGCAAAGCAGGUGCAUACAUGUUCUGCAAACUCUUAGACCUGGGCAGGAGAUCUUUACAGUGCUGUGUGCCGGUCCAGAGGGCGGAGGUAGAGAUGCCUGCCAAGGGGAUUCUGGGGGUCCUCUCCUGUGCCCCAGAGCAGACGGGCAAUGGGUGGCAGUGGGGAUCACUUCAUGGGGUAAGGGUUGUGGCCGAAGCUGGAAUAGCAACAGGAACAAACCUCCAUCGAGGAGAGGCUCUCCUGGAGUAUUCACAGAUGUCUCAAUGUUUCUUUUAUGGAUUAAGUUCAAUCUUAGGAAAGGAGUAGACACGUCUAUGUGCAGUGUUGCAGACGGUGUUGUACAUGAAAAUAAAGGCAUUAUCAGCAAUCCAGCUCGUCCAGGGCAGAGCUACGACAACAAUGAAAUAUGUCUGUGGUCCAUUCGAGCCGGAGCUGGUAAGCUUGUUCUAAUUGAGUUCCAAGAGUUUGGCCUAGAGGAUGACAAACUGUGCCAAAGCGACCAUGUGACGGUGUAUGUUGAUGGGGACAAUCAAAUAGGGCGGUUCUGUGGCAGUCAAACCCCUUCCCCCAUUCUUAUUGUGGGUUCCCAAAGUGUGGCGGUGCAGUUUGUGUCUGAUGUAAGCAGAACAGGAACUGGAUUCACCAUGCACUUCAGUGAUGUUCAGGAAGACUAUAGUUUUGGAGCCCAAUGUGGAACAGUGGUGCUGUUACAAUCCAAAAGGGCUGUGAAGAGCCCCUCCCAUCCACAACCGUACAACAACAACAUCCUUUGCCGAUGGGUCAUCUAUGCCCCAGAAGACCAUAUAGUCAAGCUGAACUUUGAUGACUUUGACCUUGAGGAAUCUGAGAACUGCCAAUAUGAUUCGCUUACAGUGUUUGGAGAUAUUAACGGAGAGGACGAAAUAGUGGUUAUAUGUGGCAGGAGUGUCCCUCCAGCUGUUCUCAGCAAUGGUCAUAUAAUGCUUCUGGAGUUAAGCACAGACAGCAGCGUAUUCGGCCGAGGUUUCAACGCCUCCCUUUCUUUUAUCAGCAAAAAAGGUAAGAAUGUCCAACAUGAACAAAGAAACGCACAGUGUGAUAAACCUGACCCACAUGUGACCCAUUUACAAAUAGUACCAUGGCACUAUAUAAAUAUAUACACACGCUAACUUAAAAAAUAAAUUACACUCAUCUAAAGGAUUAUUAGGAACACCAUACUAAUAUUGUGUUUGACCCCCUUUCG